UCUCCCACCAUCCUUAUCUAUACACUGUGUUAUCAUUUUCCGCUCACUUUUUUGUUUUUCUGUUAAUUUUGGUGACUUUUUUCUUGUUUUUUGCGAAAAUGCUUUGAAUACCUCGAGGUAUUUUCUGUUGGGUUAUAUGGUGUGAUCAUUUCAGCUCGUUGUUGAAAAUAAAUUAGCUGCUAGCUUCUCCAUUUCUGUUGAAUACAAGUAAUUCAUUAUUAUGGCCACCAUAAGACAUUCUCUGCAAACGGAAAUAUUCCGGCCGAUCGAUGAACGUUUGAUGACGUUCGUUCAUGUGUAUAAACCAUUCAAGAAAAAAAAGACUUCACAUUUUCUGUGUUUAACUGUCACAAAAGAAGCACCUAUGGUUUUUUAUAUUCACCAGGUGAAGAAAACGGAGAAAAAUAUCUUGAAGAAGAAAAGAUGUUGGACGUUAUCAGCGUUGAAAGUAGUGGAUGGAAUAUCUAGCUUCAAAGCUGACGAACAAGGUUUCGAUUUACAUUUCGAUAAAGUUUAUAAAUGGACAGCUGUGAACCUCCAAGAAAGACAGACUUUUCUCGUUAUUCUUUGGAAGCAAUGUAUGAAUUCAAUGACUGGAGCAAAACCUGAGUUUAAGAAUUUACCCAAAGAAUGGCUUAUUACACACGGAAGUAGUCUUCCGGUUAAACCCGUAGGCGCCAUGGGAGACGUUGGAAAUACUUCGGAUAAUGUGGUAAUCGUUGAACCAGAAGAAUACCAAGCUUUAGGGGAAAAAGAAGAAAGCGAUUUGGAGAAAAUGAUGUCACAAAUCGGUUUCUCUGCUAGCAAUGCCGAAGAAUUUGUUGAAAAACUCACCAAUCAGUUGUCUGUUUUAGAUGAGGAGAAUUUAGAAAGUGUUUUGUCAUCUGAACAAGAAGUCGCUGAAUUAAUUAAUCAAUUGGAUUUCGCCAUCAAUGAAGUUGAAAAUCUAGAAACACAGCUUGAUUCAUACGAUGAAAUUCUCAGCCACGUUCGCACUACUAUUGAAAAAAUGGAUCAAAAGAAUUACCUCAUACAAAUGGUCAAUAAGAAUAACGAUAAAUUACUUUCUCAAUUAAUUAAAGUCGCUAAUCAAUUGGAGCUUUCUAGUAAGCAUCAAAUAGCGCUCAUAGAUGCAGAUUUAACUAAUCCAAACAGUUUAAGAGAAGCCAUAGUUGCUGCCAGAGAGCUACAGGCUGUGAUGAACGCUGAAAUACACCCAGCUUUGGUGCAGUUAACCGCUGUACAAGAACAGAAAAAGAAAUUCGACAAGUGGAAGAAUAAGUUCGCUCACAUUCUGUCUCGCCAUUUAAAUAACCUCUUCAUUCAUAUCGGUAACGAUACUAGUAAGCUGAGGCUUUCCGGAGGCGAGUUGAAUUUACCUAUUCGUUCACAGUUCCAUAAAGAACUCAGUGCCUAUACUCCUCUGAUGCAUUGGUGCAAAGUUAUGGAAAGAAAAGCAUACAUUGCUUUAAUGAAAGUAUAUACUUCUUCGAUGGCCAAAUUAUAUGAAAGGGACAUAAAACAGUUCAUGGAAGAGGCGAAACUUCGUAUUAUUGGGAACCGAGCCAAUUCUUUAGGGGACGAUUCUAGACGAACGUCUAUCGGUGCUAAAGGCUACAGUAGCAGUGGUUUACUGGGAGUAGAAAGAGAUCAGUGGUCUCAAGAUAUCGAUCUGGAAGAACGUGCUAGAUUCGAUCAAAUUCUAGAAGUCGUUCUAUCUCAAUUAGAACCGGUGUGUUUAUCAGAACAGAAUUUCUGUAUAUCUUUCUUCCAACUUGAUGUACUUAGUCCUACAACCAAAAAUACUCAAACCACAUUAGAUGGAUUUUCCGAAGAUUCUCGCAAAAUUGAACAAGAGAACUUACAAAUUCCGCAGAAAAAAAUCGAGAAAAAAAUCAACGAAGAAGUGCGUCGUAUGAUGAGUGAAAUAUUCGGCUGUAUUGAAGGAGAAUUAUUAAAUUUUAUUCAACAUCAUGAAAAAAUGGAUAAUGUAUACUGCAUGUCGGCGCUGAUACGCUUAUCUGAACAUGUUAUGUCAGCCCAAGAUACUGGGUCAUUCCUGAGUAUAACUUUCGGAUCUGUAUUAGUUCAUGUAAAAAGAAGUUACGAUAAAUACAUGCAGAUUCAAGAGAAAUCCAUUAUAGAAGCUCGCCUCCCUCGCAAAGCAAAAUGUGGUAUUAUACCAUUUGUUGCCAACUUUGAAGAAUUUGCGACAACCGCCGAAAGUAUGUUCAAAAACACUGAAAGAAGAACUGACUUAGAUAAGUGGUACGUUCGGCUAAUGUCUACAAUUUUUGAAACAAUAGUGAAUAUUGCCGGUGAACAUCCUAAAACACCUCCGGAAGUCGUAAAAAUGGAAAAUUUCCAUCAUUUACACGCAUUACUUUCCCAAUUGAAAAUCAGCGUAUUGGAUGGCCACCGAAAAGAAGCCAAGCAGAAGUACAAUGAAGCUUUGAAAGCAUAUGUGACCCGAUAUUUUGGACGUCCUUUAGAAAAACUUAAUUUGUUUUUCGAAGGAGUACAAGGUAAAGUAGCUCAAGGAGUCAAAGAAUCUGAGAUUAGUUACCAAAUGGCCUAUAGCAAACAAGAGCUUCGACGAGUGAUACGAGAAUACCCGGCUCGUGAGGUUAAAAAAGGACUCGAUCACUUGUAUCGUAAAGUGGAUAAACAUUUAUGCGAAGAAGAAAAUCUAUUACAGGUCGUAUGGAGAGAAAUGCAAGACGAAUUUAUUCAACAAUAUAAAUCUAUUGAAGAAAUAAUUCAAAGAUGUUAUCCUGGUUCGAUGAUAUGUUUAGAAUUUUCCAUCGAAGAUAUUCUACAAUUUUUCUCUGAAAUUGCCCGUUCGCAUUGAUCUUGAUUCAUCUAUACAAUAUCGUCGUAUUUAAUUCAUCAUGUUGAUUAUGUAUAUUGUAUCUAUUAUCUAAAUGAGUUUCUCAUUUUUGUUAUUCAUUCUAAUUCAUUUUUCUGUUACGAAAUCAUUUUUUAUAUUAUGCCCUUGUUAUAUUAUUGUAUGCAUAAACUAUUCACUCAAUUA